AAAAACUGUUAAAAUAAAAAGAAAGGAAAAACCUGUGCAGUGUCUGCUAGGGGUUCAAGGAUAAACCGGCAACCUAAGAUAAAGAAGGAAACAAACACUCACAAAAGUAAACAAAAACAGCAAUUGUCUGCUAGGGAAAUGGCUUCUCUGUCGACUUGGUGUCGUUACAUUGCUCACAAAUUCGAGUACUCUCUCUCUCUCAGCUACAAGAGCUACAAGGGUGGCAUAAUCAAUAAUAAAGAAGUCUAUGAUACAGUAUGGAAAAAUCUAUUUCAGGGAAAGUUGACAUUUUUACACUGGAAUAAAGGACGGGAAAUGACCCCAACAAUUGGAGACCAAGGGGGGACCCUUCUCGUUCGCAAAUUUCCAACUGCUGAUCCAAUGCGUGUUUUUGUUGGAGAUGUAGUGCUUUUGAAGGAUCCUGAGAAGUCAGAUAAUUUUCUUGUCAGAAGAUUAGCUGCUAUUGAAGGGUAUGAAAUGGUGUCUACUGAUGAAAAAGAUGACCCAUUUGUUCUUGACAAGGAUGAGUGUUGGGUAUUGGCUGACAAUGAUAAGUUGAAGCCCAAGGAAGCCAAUGACAGUCGAACAUUUGGUCCAAUUGCCAUGUCAAACAUAGUUGGUCGAGUCAUAUAUUGUCUGCAAACAGCUGUGGACCAUGGUCCUGUACAGAACAGUCAUUUCAGCAUGAGAAAGGAUUCUCCAGUGCUGGAGGUGGAACUCGAUGUUGAAGAGAUGGCAAAGAAUCACAAAGCUUAGAUUGUGCCGGCCAACAGGCAGCAUCAUUUGGUUUGUGCAUGUGUCUGUUUUUCUUCUCUGUUAUCCACCUGUAUUUUAUUUUAUUUUAUUGGUUUUAACUGUUAUGGGAGGGAAAUGUGUUUACUGUUAUUUUUGGUCAGGCGUGGCAACAAUAUCGUCGGGUCUUCCUUUGCAACCAUAGGAAGCUGGCUUUUUUCAAUUUGGAGUUUCAACUUUAUUUAGUAUUGCAGUGAACGGUAUUGUAGUUUGAAAAUCAGACCAGGGAAAGAAAAUGGAAUCUUACUGCUGCCGCCUAAAACAUUCUGUUUGUGUUGGGACUCUCUCCAUGCCUUCAUUGCCCCAUAUGAACUUGCUCAGACCUGGUUCUGCGGUUUUAACCAUGGGAUACAUUUUCUAACCUUUAUUUUCAAAUAAAUUUUGGGAUGUUUGUGGA